CGGAGCGCGCACACACACACACACACACACACACACACAGGAAACCACCCAGUAAUAAUCUCAUUUUUGCAAAGGAUACGACUCUGCAGUGCCGGACUCUUAUUUUAUGACAGUUUUUCAUCGGAAACAUUUGUUUGUUUUUAUAGAAACAGGCUGAAGCGUUAAAAAAAAGAAACCUGACAGAGCGCACAUCAUUCAAGUGGUUAUCAUGUCUGGUGAAGAAGCUCCAACUCAGCAACAACAACCUGAGCAGCAGGAGAAGAAGCCCGACGAGCCUCCGCCGGCUCCGGCUGCAGAUGCUGCAGAUGCACCGCAGGAGGAGAGGAGCGCUCCUGCAGCCGAGGAGAAGACUCUCUCCUUCAGGGCUCUGGUCCUCACCGGGCAUGGGGGCUACGACAAAGUGAAGCUGCAGGUGAAGACGCAGAGCGAGCCGCGCCUGCAGCCUGGAGAGGUCCUGGUGCGGGUCAAGGCGUGCGGGUUGAACUUCGGCGAGCUGCUGGGCAGGAUGGGCAUGGACGAGAUGUUGCCCUCCCCGCCUGUCACGAUGGGAAUGGAGGGCUCAGGGGUCAUUGAAGCGGUCGGGGAGGAUGUGAAGGAGCGGAAAGUGGGAGAUCGUGUUAUCGUGCUGAGCCUCGGCGGCAUGUGGCAGGAAGUGGUUGUUGUGUCCGCUAGCCGCACCUUCCCCAUGCCCGAGCAGAUGAGCUUUGAGGAGGGCGCUGCACUUUCCGUUAACUAUGUGACCGCCUACUUGAUGUUGUUUGAGAUGGCCAAUGUGAGGCCGGGCAAGAGUGUUCUCAUCCACAUGGCAGCAGGUGGUGUAGGCAUCGCCGCUUCCCAGCUGUGUCAGACUGUGCAGGACGUUACUGUUUUCGGCACGGCAUCAGCCUCCAAACACGAGACCAUCGCUCAAGGUGGAGUAACUCACCUCAUCGACUACCGCACCAAAGACUAUGUGGCAGAAAUCCGCAAAAUCAGCCCAAAGGGAGUUGACAUCGUCCUCGACCCACUUGGUGGUUCAGAUUCCCAAAAAGGUUUUAGUCUGCUGAAACCUUUGGGCACACUUGUAGUCUAUGGUGCAACCAAUAGUGUGACAGGUCCGAAGAAGAACCUGUUGGCCAUUGCAAAGACCUGGUACAACCAGCUCUCUCUCAACACACUGAAACUGAUGCCGGCCAACAAGGCCGUCUGCGGCUUCUACCUGGGCCACAUCGUUAACGAGGAGCUCGUUAGCAGGACUAUGUUCAAGCUGCUGGAGCUCUAUGGGCAGGGCAAGAUCAAGCCCCACAUUGACUCAUGCUACCACUUUGAGGAGGUGGCGGAUGCCAUGAGGCGCAUGCACGAACGCCUAAACAUCGGCAAAAUCAUCCUUCUUCCUGAAGCUAAAAAGGAAGAAGAGAAGCCAAAGUCCGACCCUGAGCCCGUAGAAAAUGUGGAAAAAACUGAAGCCGCCGUCAACGAGCAGAAAGAAGAGGCCACGGAGGAAGUUAAAGAAGAGAAAGAUUGAGUAAGAGUGUUUGAAUGAUUUUUUUUUUCUCCCCCCAAGCACAUUUUCACUGAGUUCCCUAUUGUUCAAAAAAGGAAAGAAAAGAGAAGAAAUGCAAGAUGCCGUGAAUCCUUUGACUUUUUGUCAGAAUUUCAAACGUUUAUGAAGAUUUCUGUUGUGCAAUUUGUCUAAAGUGUAGUGUCCACGUUGGAGAUACUUUGUGUUUGAAAUAGAAAUGAACUGUAUUCUGUCGAGGAAUAGUGUAUUCUGAUUACAGGUUAUCGUUGAACUACAAAUUGAAAGAGACAACAUGACAACAGCUCUAACAUAAUUUAACAAACAUAGGGCCGUUGUGUGAAGAGCUGGUGCAAAACUUAUGAAAGUCUGAGAAAAGUAGAAGUGAGAAGCCAAAAGUCACAUCACAUUAGUCAUCACUGAUGAUUAACAUAAGCCAUCAUGCGUUGUAACCAACUUUACACUUGCUUCAUUAUAUUACAGCAUGGAAGAGGAAAUCUCCCUUAUUCAUUUUUACCUAUUUGGGAUAUUAUUCAUGACAAUAUAGGACAAAAAGAUUUAGAGACCAUUCAAAGUGAGACAUGUAUAAAAUGUUUAUGUUAUUGAAUAUUAAUUUUGUCUUGUGUCAAAACUAAAUUAUUUUAUAUAUUAUAUCAAAUCUCUUAAUUAAUUUAGGAGCUGAUGAAAAAGAGUUAUUCCUAAUUAUGAGAAUAAGAGCAUAUGAGAAUGUAUUCUGUGGCUUCAUACAUAUUGGCUCUGGGUUGUCUUUAUAAAAUACAUCGUAAAAUUAUUUAUAAUCUGAAAUUUUAUCCCAAACUCAGCAUCCACAAGUCAUGUGACUGUAAUCAGAAUACAUUAUUUAUCUUUGGUGAUCAGAUUAUUAAUCUGAAGGAGUAAUGAGUAAGUGUAAAUGUGCCUACCCAAACCUGUUUCUAUUAGUAGAUAUUAGUGCAGUGAUCAUUCGUGUGGUUUCUUUGUGAUGCACUACUCAAAUCUAAGUGUAAUUAUGAGAUGAAUUGUGUGUUUUCACAUCCUCGCCUCCUCUUUGAUGAAUGUUGUGAGACAAAAGCCCGGGUCAGUGUUGUGUUCUAGUUUAAAUGUUUCUGUUUUUUCUCUGAUGUUUGUGCCAAAUUUAAAGCCAGCUUCCACCACUGCCGUCAAAGCCAACUGUGAAUAACAAUUAGCGGGGACUUCCCUCGCCUUGGCACUCGUCACUCGGUGUCACGCCGAACUUGAGCUGACGCCGUUUGGCAAGCCGCGUGAAGGCUGAUUUUUAUCCGUUUCAUUGUUGUGAUCCUUCUUCUUCUCUUUUUUCUUUUUUUUUUUAAUCUUUAGCUGCUUAAUUCCAACAUUUGCAAUCAAAGUGAUUAGUGGCAAGUUUACAACCACAGUACAUGUGUUACUCUUAUAUAUAUACACACAGGGAGAAGGUUAAAAGGGAAUGAAGGAGAAGAUACUCUGUUUCUUUGCUCAGUACAUAUUCAUGUUGAAGCUCUUUAUAGAUGGAUUAUUAAGUUUCCAUUUUCCUGCACAGUAAUCACGUUUUUUUUUUUUUUUUUAUGGCUUGCAUAUCUGUUUCUUUGAAAGGCUGACCUUAAAAAGUGGCCUCAGUUAUUCAGAUGUUUUGUCCAGCUGUGGGUGUAAUUCAAUGCUGUGACGCAGAAGACGCUACCGAAGCACAAGAGAACGAGUUUUCCCUCCAUCCACACUAGAGCAGCUCCUCACAUUCCUCUCCCCACCCUCUCAGUCCUGCUCUCUGUCUCUUCCCUCUGGAGCUGAACUCUCUCAAAAACUCUCCACCAUAUAUUGUUUUGAUUUCUAAAGUACUUGUAACAAAGUUUCACAGAUAUUGCUUCAUGUUAUUUACAUUUGUGGCUCUUUUUUUCCCCCCCUUUCCAUUUGGCCACUUGACAUGUAUUGUUAAGUUUGGCCAGGUUUCAAUCUCCUAGUGUGAAGUAAGAUCUGAUGUGGAUUUUAGUAGGAGUAGGAGCUGGAGUCGUCUUAUUGUUAUUAUGUGAAGUUCAUCAUGUUUAACUACUGAACCAAAUGGUAGAGGAGUUUAACUAAUGAGCAUGUUGAGUUUUAUUUUUAUUUUUUUUUAAUGUGAAGUGAGCAGAUUGUUCUCCGAGUUGGUGAAGAUAAAAUAUGUUUUGACAUAUUUCACAUGUCUGGUUGCAGCCGCAGAUGAGGAGCACGGCGACAAAACGACACUGUGCUUUUGUGCCAAAAUGUAACCUCGCUCAUGCAACCAGUGACAUCUGGUGGUUAAAGAAAAGAUUGUGCCUUUUUUAAAAUAAGUGAUUUACUCUCCACUAUGUUGCCUGUGGGCUAAAAGUCCCGUAGCCUGCCUUGUCAAAUGUAAAACGUCAUGAAAUAAGCUGGUUUCUUGAUGGGGGAAAAAAAAACGUCUUAAUUACAACUAAUCCAACUCAGUUUAAUCAAUGUUUUACACGAAACUCAAAAUACGACAUCACAUUUGUUCAGUGGGAAAUAUUAAAUGUGCUAAAAACAAACACAAAUUACAUAUUCUGUGUUAUUAAUAUCAAUCAAUUCUAAUAAUGACCUGAGCCGAUUCAACCGCAUAUUAUCUUUCAGUCAUGCUAAACGUGUACAAUAACAGUGCAUUUCAUUUGAAACAUAAUAAACAAGAUUACGACCA